AUGAUCAAGAACCUUUGUGAAGUGUGGUUUGGGUAUCACAAGAUGUUUGCUUUUGUCCCUCGUAUUCACAGGAAAGAGUCUAAUUCUUAUAUGGAACCAACUGGGGUGGAGAAGAAAUGGGAGAACCUUCCUGUUUCAUAUGCAAAUGCAGUAAGAGGUAGUAGAAAAGAGGAACCUCCAGCCGACAGUACUCUUCUUAAUUUGGGGAUGCUGUGUCACGAUGAAGGUUUUGAUGAAUUUAUUAUUCGCUAUGUGAGUGGUUUGUGGGUGAUGUUUGAAUUUAAAUCUAAAGAAGCAUGCAAAAAUUUCUUGAAUAAUGAUGCAGUUAAUCACUGGAUAAUUGAGAAAAGAAAGUGGGACAAAACAUUUGUGCCAACGGAUCAUAUUGUAUGGGUUGAUGUAGAAGGCCUUCCCUUACGCGCUUGGAAUAAAAAUUCCUUUAGACAUAUCUUGGCCAAAUGGGGUUCAAUUGCCCAUCUUGAUGACAACAUUGGUGAAGAUGUAUACAAGUCAUGUGUUUGUAUCCUCACUUCCUUUCUUCGAAUAAUUUCUGAAGUUAUUAAAGUUAGUAUUGAUGGUGAAAUUUUCCUCAUUCGUAUCAAAGAAGCUCCCGGGUGGAAUCCAACAUUUGUAUGUGAAUUCAACAAAAAUUCUAAUAAUGAUAGUGUUGAUGAAUUUCAUAGAUUUCAACAAGAUCAUGAGGGUAGUAAUGUUUCACUAAGUGAUAAGUAA